GCACUGUCCCAGAGCGCGCGAGCCGCGCCUUUUCAAAUUAUUUUUUUAUCUGUGAUUUAUGUUUUAUUUUUUUAAACAAAAGUAACAACCUCUUUUGUUAAACUUAUUUGUGUUAAUUUGUGUGUUAUUUUUUUAUACAAUGCUGAAGUAUACAGUGAAAAAGUAUUGCUCGGAGGGCAGCAAAGUCAACCAAAUUGUGAUCGCAAUGCUGAUGGUGCUGCCAGUCUUCUCAUAUGGGACAGCAGUGGGCUGGAUGUCCCCUAUGGGCCCUCGGCUGAUGUCCCACGACGACACUCCAGCAGAUGAGCCGGUCCACCCCGACGUGGUAUCCUGGAUGGCGUCAGCUGCAUACCUGGUGGGGACCCCAGCGGUGUUCCUCUUCGGUUAUGUGGUGGACAACUAUGGGAGGAAGGUGGCGCUGAUGCUGACUUCGUUCUCAAUGGCUAGUUGCUGGGCAUUAAAGCUCUACUCCACCGAGACCUGGGCCCUCAUCACGGCCCGGGCCAUCGUAGGCCUGGGAGUCAGCGGUUCCUACGUCGUCACGCCUCUUUACAUCAAGGAGAUCAGCGAGGACUCCAUCAGAGGAACCCUCGGCAGCCUGGUGGUUCUGUCCCAGAACUUCGGCAACCUGGUGGUGUACCUCAUGGGAGAAUACUUGAGCUACCAUGCGAUACUGUGGAUUCUACUAGCAGUACCGCUAAUCCAUCUUCUAGUCUUCACAUCCAUGGAAGCUCGUAACGCCCUAGCUUGGCUGCGGUGCCGGGAUAGCACAGAGGCAUCGGUGGACAGCGAGUUGCAGCUGCUUCUGCUGGAAUUGGAGCAAACCAAGUCGGGGAAGAUGCCUAACGCGUUCAAGACUCUGGUGACCGACCGCGCCACCUUCCGUGCCUUCCGCAUCACCCUCAUCAUCACGCUCGCCCGAGAGCUGUGCGGCUGCGUCGCCGUGCUACACUACGCCUCGCUGAUCUUCAGCGAAGCCAGCGCUGGCAGCUGGGUGCUGACGCCUAACCAGCAAGCCGCCAUCUUGGGGGCAGUACAGCUGGUCGGAUCGUGCACAGCGUCAGGGCUGGUGGAAAGAGCUGGGAGGAAGAUGCUCCUAGGAGCAACCUGCUUCGUAUCCGGCAUCGCCAUGUGCGCUCUGGGCGCGUGGUUCUACAUGAGCACCGGCAGCGCAUCCUGGCUGCCGGUGGCGGCGCUGUGUCUUUGCAUCUACUGCGACGCGGCUGGUUUGCAGCCAGUGCCUUUUGUCAUCAUGACUGAGAUGUUCUCCUUCCAGUUGCGAGGAACGGUGACACCCAUCGUGAUUUCCUUCGCUUGCGCACUCGUAUCAGUAGAACUCCGGGUCUUCCAGCCUUUGGCACAGUCAGCAGGCCUAUACCUGGUCUUCUGGCUUUUCGCAGGAGUGUGCCUCGUCAGCACGGUAUACAUCGCUAUAGCAGUGCCAGAGACAAGGAUGCGCUCUAUAGACGAAAUAUACGCGGAACUCGCUGGAAGUGGCGACGAGGCGAAGGAAAAGGACUGUGAAGCCGCAGUCACGAGGCUUUAGAAUUUAUUUCAAUAUUAGUAACAUAUGAGAUUUUUAGGAAGAGUUAGCUAAUUAAACCAAUAUUUAAAAGACGUAGGAUAAUAAACAAUUUUCUGUUCCGGCCUCGAACUAAAGUACUUAUAGGUAAUCUUUUUAUUCUUCUAGAAUGGGAAAAGGAUUGAACUUCUGCCUUGAUGAGCAAAAUUUUAAUUAUGUAGGUAUUAAAAUUUAAAAAUCGAUUGAUUGUUGGGGCAUUGAUGAAAAGCUUUACGUAGAGAAAAAUAGGAUUUAUGUAUCCUCUUGAAUUAGGAAGUUUUAUGAAGUCUGAAGAAAGAAAGCCUCAGUUAACAGAUUGGUGUACCACAAGGUAGAGUACUAGGUCCCAGUCUCUUCAAUGUGCGAGUAGUUAUUUAUAUUACAAUAAGCCCAUUGAUUGGCGUAUACGUAUUUAGGUAGGUUUUUUUCCACUUUCAUUAAUAGUAUUACAAAAUGUUACAGGCUACAGCGCAUUUGAAUGUGAUAUAGACAAAAUAUAGCGGCACUUCCUUUGGAUAGAUUGUAAACACAUGGAACGUAGUGUUUAAUAGACAAACAAUGAUUAAUUAUAUUUUACCAAUUUAUUUUAAGAUUAGCAGUAAUUUCGGAAUAUUUAUUGAUUGUAACUUAGUGCCAUUCGCUUUUAGGUUAUUAUUUCCUAAAAUAGACGAAAUCUGUAUAUAUUUAAUUUUAAGUUUUUGUUACGUGUAAUAAAGUUUUUUUUAUUAU